UGCUGGAGAAUGAAUUUUAAAGAUCAAUAGUUGCUGAAAAUGCUAUAAAUUAAUAAAUGUGGUAAUUAAUUUUGAAGUUAUAACUAGUUAGAUGGAGUUUGGAAUAUGGAACAUUCAAGGAAAUUUAUGGUCUGCAAAUACAAUUGCUUAUUCCAAUGCUCCAGCUUUGUAUGCAAACAGAAUUCCACAAUUUCCAUUCCAUAAUGCUCAAAUUUCAGCUCUGCCUGAAAUAUUCAAAACAAAUUCCUCUAGAACAAUAAAUGCUGAAAAUGAAGGGCAGCAAAGUGAAUUUGAAUCAAAUGAUUCCAGCAGUCAUUCUAAUAUAUCUCAACAACAAAGAGAAACUCAGGCUGAACCCAAUACUGAUAAUGACAAUGCUGCAGAUUUCAUAAAUAAUUUUGGACUAAACAAUUUCAAGAUUGAAAAUUUUGCUUUUAUAAACCAACAAUUCAAUCCAGUAUAUAGUUUGAUGUUGAACCAUUUUAAUCAGCAACAAGAAUUUUCAAAUUCUGAAAAUGAAAUAGAUGAGACACAAGCCGAAGAUGGUUAUAAUGAAAGUAAUUUAUCUAAAAAUGAUGCAUUCGAAUGUACAGUGUGUCAGACUGUUCUGAAAAGCAAUGAGGAGCUUCAAAGACAUCUCGAAGUCAAGCAUUUUAAUAAUGAAGUUGUGGUUUCUACAAGAUCGUUUGUUCAAAAUGAAUCAACCAUUGAUGGAAAACUUUAUAAUGAAAAUUCUAAUAGUUCAACAAAGCGUCAGGACCGGUUAUCCUUGCAGAGGGUCAGAUAUGAAAGAGAAGAAUAUCGUUGUACAUUAUGCCCUUACACCUGCACGAUUGAAAAAGCAUUUUACAGACAUCUCAGGGCACAUUCAAAUGAUUCAAAUGAUACUACAAAAACAGGUUUUACACCUAGAAUCUCCUGUGUGAUUUGUGGUAAGGACCGUACAAGUGAAAAUGAAAUGUUAAAGCAUAUGCAAAAACAUAAGGAUAAUCGUCAUUUUUGUUGUGAUAUUUGUGUUUUUCGAACCGUACAACUCAAAAAGUUGAUUCAACAUAGAAGAAUGCACACAGGUGAAAAACCUCACUUGUGUCCACACUGCAUUUAUCGAAGUGCGAGACGAGAUAAUCUGCGUUCUCAUGUUCGUAGGGUUCAUAAAAAAGACAAUUUAUUUUGCGACACUUUUUCUCCUCGUGGUUUUAUGUUAUCGUCCAAAGCUAGAGAUAUCAAUAAGGAAUAAGAGCUGAUGUAGAAAAAUCCGUAUUAUAUGAUUUUUCUUAUGCGAACUGUGAUUGUUACAGUAGACUCGCGAUAGUCCGACAAAUACUUUAUAAGGAAUAAUGCCAUGGCAAUUAAUUUUUAGCUAUUUGGAAUAAGAAUUCUUUUUAAUCCCAGAAAAAUCAAAAUACAAUAUGACUAUCAAAUUAUAUACCAUACAAUAUAAUUCAAGAGGCAGAAUAAAUGUAUUUGAUUGGGUAAGAUUUGGUAAAAUUGAAAUUGAAUUUUUUUUUUAAAUUUAUACUUGAUUUAUGUUCAAAACGGAUGAAGAAAAUAUUAUUUUU